AUGAGUCGACAGUGCUACACCUCCAGCUCUCUCCUGGGAAGACGGGGCUUUUCCUCCGCGUCUGCUGUCUGCGGCCUCGGCAGGGGCAACAGCAGCUCAGCCUCCGUCUGCCAGCCAGUGGGACGGAGAUGUGGAAUCGGUGGCUUCAGCAGCCGGAGCGUCUGCGACCUGGGGAGAGGGCAAAGGAUUUCCUUUGGCGGGAGCUGCCGCAGUGGGGUCUACAGCGGUGCCAGCGUCGGACGUUGCGGUGUGGCUUACGGCGGAGGCCGCUUUGGCGUGGGCACGGUCGUGGGGUUUGGUAACUGCGGAAGCUACGGGGGCCUGGGCAGCUACAGAGGUCUUGGGGACGGCGUGGCUAUUGGAGGCUACGGUGGCAGCAUUGGCAUCGGCCUCGGCGGAGGUAGAUCUGAAGGGAUUCGGGGCGUCAGCAUCCACCCGGAGCUCCUCAAGCCCCUCUGCGUGGGGGUCGACCCCGAGGAGUGCCAAGUGCGGACCCACGAGAAAGAGCAGAUCAAGAACCUCAACAACCAGUUCGCCUGCUUCAUCGACAAGGUCCGGCUGCUGGAACAGCAGAACAAAGUGCUGACCACCAAGUGGGAGCUGCUGCAGCAGUAUGUCCUCCCAGCUUCCAGGAGAAACCUGGAGCCCGUUUUCGAGAACUUCAUCUGCAACCUGAGGAAGCAGCUGGAGUGUGUGCUGGGGGAGCGAGAGAGGCUGGAAAAUGAGGAGCGGUGCCUCAGGGACCUGGUUCAAGAGUACAAGUGCAAAUAUGAAGAUGAGAUCAACAAGCGCACGGCUGCGGAGAACGAGUUUGUGGUCCUCAAGAAGGAUGUGGACUGUCUCUACCUGACCAAGGAGGAGCUGGAGGUGAGAGUGGGCCUCCUGCGGCAGCAGCUGGAGUUCCUGAAGUGCAUCUACGCCGAGGAGAGAGCUCAGCUGGAUUGCCAGCUGUGUGACACCUCUGUCAUCGUGCAAAUGGACAACAGCCGGGACCUGGACAUGGAGGGCAUCAUCAAAAGUGUUGAGUGCUGCUACGAGGAGAUUGCCCAGAAGAGCAAGGCUGAAGUGGAGGCUUUCUACCAAACCAGACUGGAGGAGCUCCACAGCAGCAGGGGCAAGUUCUGCGAUGACCUGAGAAACAACCAGAGCGAGAUAGCCGAGCUGAACCGGAUGAUCCAGAAGCUGCAGUGCGAGUCGGAUAAUGUGAAGAAACAGAUCGCAGCUCUACAGACGGCCAUCUGCGAUGCUGAGCAGCGGGGCGACUGCGCCCUCAAAGAUGCCCGGCAGAAGCUGAUCGACCUGCAGACUGCACUGCAGCAAGCCAAGGACAAGAUGGCAUGCUUGCUGAGAGACUACCAGGAGCUGCUGAACGUCAAGCUGGCCCUGGACAUUGAGAUUGCCACUUACAGGACGCUGCUGGAAGGAGAAGAGAGCAGGAUAUGUACCGGCAACCCUGUGAGCGUAGCUGUGGUCAGCGGUGGUGGCACCAUCGGGGAGUGCCGAUCCCUAUCUGGAAUCGGAGGCAAAUGCGCUGUCAAGACAGGAGGGGCCGGCGCAGGGUUAGGGGUGGUCUCCUCCUUCGGUGUCAGCAACACUGGCUUUAGCACCCGGAGCGUAGAUUGCGUCCCCAGGGUGGGGGGCGGAUUUGGGGCGAGGAGCGCGGUCAGCUGCGUGGGGCGAGAAGUCAUCCCCAAUGUGGAGGGGGUGCAGUGCACCACUGGCGUGGGCAACCUGGGGAACGUCAUGUGCGCUGGCGUGGAGCAGUGCAGCCCGGGAGCCAUCAUCAUUCCCGGGGCAGGAGUCUGCAGCACCGGGAGCAGGUACAGCACAGCUGUGCGUGUGGUCAGAACAAGCCGGUAG